AUUCACUUUUAAAAGAGAUCGAUAGUUUGGAACUAUGACGAUCAAUCCUGAUCGCAUAAUUGCUGCUCGGCGGAAAAUCGCUGACGAACCGUUUGAUGUGGAUAGUUGGCUUUUACUGCUCAAACAUGCACAAUGCCGAAGUAUUGAUGAAGCUAGGGAGACCUACGAGGAAAUCAUAAGUACCUUUCCCUCCAACGGACGAUUCUGGAAAGCGUAUAUAGAGCAUGAAAUGCGUAUGGGGAACUACGAAAAAACAGAAAAGUUAUUUCAGCGUUGCCUUAUUAAGGUUUUAUCGAUAGAACUGUGGAAAACAUAUCUGCAAUAUGUCAAGGAUACUAAAUCCUCUCUACCGUCUUUCAAGGAGAAGAUGGCCCAGGCUUACGACUUCGCGCUUGACAAGAUGGGGUUGGACAUUCAGUCCAACGGACUCUGGAAUGACUAUAUUAACUUUUUAAAGGGAGUUGAAGCUGUUGGAUCCUACGCUGAAAACCAGAAGAUUGCUGCGAUCAGAAAAGUUUAUCAGCGUGCAGUCAUAACACCAAUCAUAAACAUUGAGCUCAUGUGGAAGGAAUACACAACGUUUGAACAGAAUGUAAAUCCAAUGAUCGCCGAACGAUUAACAACUGAGCGAUCGCGUGAUUAUAUGAACGCGAGGAGAGUUGCUAAGGAGUAUGAAGCGAUUACGCGAGGUUUAAACAAAGUUGCUCCAUCAGUGCCACCAACAGGCUCAAGUGAGGAACUGAAGCAGAUUGAUCUAUGGAAUAAUUACAUUAAUUGGGAAAAGUCGAAUCCUCUAAAGAUUGAGGAUCCUGGUUUAGUUGGGCGUAGAACUAUGUUUGCGUAUGAACAAAGUUUGUUGUGUUUGGGUCAUCAUCCUGAUAUUUGGUUCGAGGCUGCUCUUUACCUUCAAGAAACUGCUAAAGUACUCCAGGAGAAGGGAGAUGUAGAAACUGCCAAAUCCUUCAUAGAGCAAGCAAGUCAGCUGUAUGAAAGAGGAAUAUCCGGAGUACUUAGUACGUGUAUGCUUCUGUAUUUUUCCUAUGCAGACUUUGAGGAACAAAACAUGAAAUUUGAAAAGGUGCAUACGAUCUACCAGAAGUUUCUAGAUAUUCCCGAGGUUGACCCAACUCUGGCCUAUGUACAGUACAUCAAAUUUUGCCGGCGAGCAGAAGGAAUAAAAUCUGCCAGAAUUGUUUUCAAACGAGCACGUGAAGAUACCAGAUCUAACUUUCAUGUUUAUGUUUGCGCAGCUCUCAUGGAAUAUUACUGCUCAAAGGAUAAGAGUGUGGCGUUUAAAAUAUUUGAGCUUGGAUUGAAAAAGUUCAGCGGCAGUGCUGAAUUCAUUCUGGCAUAUCUUGAUUAUCUCUCACAUCUAAAUGAAGACAAUAAUACCCGAGUUCUGUUUGAGAGAGUUUUGACUGGAAACACAAUAAACGCAGAGGAGUCCGUGGAUAUUUGGAACAAAUUUCUUGACUUUGAAUCAAACAUAGGAGACCUUGCCAGUGUUAUAAAGGUAGAGAAGAGGCGCGCUGCUGCACUUGUUGAGGUCGGGUUGACCGGGGGGGAGGACAAGCAUACCUGCCAGGUCAUAGAUAGAUACAGAUUCAUGACGUUGCUUCCUUUAUCUGACGCAGAGCUGAGAUCAAUCGGUUAUCAUGACUCCUACAAGCAUACAACCGGAAACCCUCUCCUCUCACACCAACCUAAGCGUGGGGGUGGAAAGAUGAACGGCGCGCUACUCGUCGAUCCAGACAAUGUGGCGCGCCCUGACUUUUCUCAGAUGGUGCCGUUCAAACCAAAGGUGAACUGGAGGCCUGGUGAGUUUAUGGUUCCAGGAGGAGCAUUUCCCCUUCCUCCUUCGGCAGCAGAGCUCUGUACAAUCCUACCCCCGCCAACAUCAUUCAAAGGUCCCUAUGUGAACGUUGAUAAACUAUGCGAUAUAUUUGAUAAAAUCCGAUUACCUGAUUCCCCGGCCUCGGCAGGAACUGAACCAAACAGUAUUAAACUAUUUGAUCUCGCUAAAUCAGUGCAAUGGAUCGUCGGGGCCGACGAUAGCCGUAAACGGAAAUCAAUCGGUCGUAAGGGGGACGAUUCGGACGAUGACUCAAAUAUAUCAGCGCCGACGAACGAUCUUUAUCGGAAACGGCAACAGAAGAAGAUAAAGUGAGGGGAGUGAAUGAUAAAAUGUAUUUAUACCAGCCACUGUUCAUCUAAGAACAAAAGAUGUAUCCUGUUUACUUUAAAUACACUGCCAUGCUCAUUUAUGUCGCAAAACUUCUAACAAAUUGAACAUACAUAAUACAAUUAAGUACAGCUCAAGCUGUGGACCUGUGGACUUGUAUUUUACAAACAAAAUUCACACAGUUUUGUUUUGUUGUCACACUGAACAGUGCACAUGUUGAAUCAAACAAUUAGAGCCCUGUAUAUCGUACUAGCCUUAAUUGUUUGUUGUACAAACUAAUAAUUUACUGUAUGUAAUGUAGCAGGAUUGAUGUAUUUAUUGCUCUAAAAUUUUUUCAUCAAAGAUAUCAAAAUUCCAGGCCUUUACGGAACUUCAUUUUGUCACUUUAAACCAGGGGUGUAUAUUUGCUGAAAAAAUACUCCCUCCCCCCACCUAUGGAAAUAAUUGUUGUGUAAAAAGUAUCAAAAAGGAUGAAAAAACUUUUUUUUUGAUGUUUAAUUUUUCAUUUUUCUCCAGAUCCUGAAAUUAUACACUUCCUACGUUAAGCUCUACUCGAUAAAAAAAAAUCACCUAAAAUGAAACAACACUAAAGCAUUUACCUUCUCUCCCUUUUAUCCUCAUCGAAAAGUCAAAAUUGAUUAUCCUUUAAUCUAACCUAUUUUGUAAGAUAUCAAGUUGUUCGAACCAAUUGUUAUUUUGUGCAUUUGUAUUUUCAGA